AAUGCAAAGCUCAAACUUAUAUUUUGUAUAUAAUUCUGGAUCUGAAUAAUUUUGGAAGAGAAAAGAUUAUUAAUUAAUAAAUGACCUCAUGUAAGGAUUACUCCAAGAUUCAAGAGAGAUGAUAACAUUGUAUAAAACUUAGAAAAUAUUGAAAAAGUUUAUCGGUAGGAGAUAUAAAAUCUUUUAACAACAUUUGUUUUAUUUCAGAGAGGUACAUAUAUAAUAGUUAGUAGAAAGAAUGGUGAAUUGGGGGGAUUUGUUGUAUUAAAGAAUGUCUAUUUUAAAAUAAUCAAAAAAAAUGCAACCCAAAAUAUUCCUUAUGACAACUGUCUUACUCUAAUUAGAGAUCGCAGUAGAAUUGAUCUUUACUUUAAUCUUUCACCUGAGAUUGAAUUAUUCUUAAGAGAACUAUAGAGAUUUUGUAUUAUUGAUGGUUUUAAUGAUCAAUAUUAAUUGCUUCAAAAUAUAGGGACUGGUUCUACAGCAUAAGUAUUAUAUUAGUAAAUAAAUUAGGUCUUUUUGGCUUAAAAUACUUAAGAUCAUUAGUUAUAUGCAGUAAAAUAGAUUGAAAAAGAAUAAGCAACUGGAAGACAUCGUGUGUUAAGAUCAAAAACAUUAUUAGAAGAAAUUUUUAUGAUGAGAAGUUUGGAUCAUCCAAAUAUAAUGAAAUUACAUCAAGUUUAUGAAUCAGAAAGUAGAAUUCAUAUUAAUAAAUAGAACAUAUAUAAUUAGUUAUAAGUUUAUUUGAAGGAGGACAAUUAAUGGAUAAAAUAAAAAACUUUAAUUUCCUAAUAAAAAGAGAAUUGGCUAAAGUGUUAAUUGAAACUGUUUAUUAUAUGCAUACCAAAGUAUUUAAUAUCUAAAUUAGGGAAUUAUGCAUAGAGAUUUAAAGCCAUUCAAUAUACUUUACAAAAAUAAAGAUCCUUAAGAUUGGUAAUUUGGAAUUGGAGAUUUUGGAUUUUCAACCUCAAUUAAAUAACAAUAGCAUAUAUUAUAUAAAUGUGGUACUCCUGGUUAUGUGGCACCUGAAAUAAUAGAAUAUAGAGAAAAGUCUAAGAUGUAUGGAUUGUCAUGUGAUGUGUUUAGUAUUGGUGUAAUUAUAUAUGAAAUGUAAGAGUAGAAAAAUUAAAUAGCUUUUUUAAUACUCAUCCCUUCAAAAGUAAGACAAAAGAUGAUACUUUAAGAUAAAAUGUUAAUGCAUAAAUAAAUUUUGAUGAUCGUGUUUGUAUUCCAUAAUCUCUAAAAUCUUUGAUUAUUUCUAUGGUUAGAAAAAAUCCACGUCAUAGAUUCACUUUAUAAUAAUGUUUAGAACAUGAUUUUUUUAAAGAGAGUUUAUCAAGAUUUAAUGAAUUAUCAUAAGAAAUUUAAGAGUAAAUUUAUAUAUGAAAAUUUAUAGACAUGAACCAAAGACUAUGGAGAUUAGAAACAUUAGAUGUCAAACAUUAUAGUUAUUAAAAACUCAAAAUAAUAAAAGAAGAUAAUCUUUACCUCAAGAUUUCUCUGUUACUUAAGAACCAUAAAUUUAACAAAGUAAUAUUAUAUUGAUUUAUCAAAAGGAAAAAGUAUUGCAAUAAAACAUAGAUAAUCAGUUUCAUCUACUCAUGAAUCAAAAAUUAAAUUAGAAUCUUAAUAGUAAUUUUACAUAUCCUAAUAAAAUUAAAUGUAAAUACCAUCUUAGGUAAAAUUAAUUUAAUUAGAUAAAAUUUGUGAGAUUUUCCUAAAUGAUUAACAUUAAAUACCAAAAGAAUUUGGAUAUACAUAUUUAAUUAAAAAGUAUUGA